AUGGCCCAGACAAAAGUGAGUGCAUCACGCCUCAUUCUACGGGCGCUUUCUCAGUGGCCCAAAGAUACUCUACGACCACAGAUCCAACUCCAAGACGUUCUCCGAAAACGAUUCGAACAAUCCGAACUACCUGACCAUGAACAAGUAAAACAAGCCAAUGCACUCUACUCGCUCAUGCACGACCGAUAUAAAAACAAGUACCCCAUUAACGGAUCUCUAUUAAACCCUAAGAGCCACCCAAACUAUUUUACCGAUCUAGUAAAGGAGCUUGAAGAAGCGCCGAGUCGAUCGUACUUCGAAAGACUCUGGUUAAGGUUGAAGGGAGUUGUGAGAUUACAAUAA